GUUACCCAGUGUUGGCUCCUGCUGCUUACUACGACCAAACAGGAGCUCUGGUGGUGAAUGCUGGAGCCAGGAACGGCCUGGGGGCCCCUGUGCGCCUGGUGGCUCCUGCCCCUGUCAUCAUCAGCUCCUCUGCAGCUCAGGCAGCAGUUGCAGCAGCUGCGGCAUCGGCCAACGGAGCAGCAGGAGGACUGGCAGGAACCACCAACGGACCAUUCCGGCCUCUGGGCACGCAGCAGCCCCAGCCUCAGCCCCAGCAGCAGCCCACCAACAACCUGGCAUCCAGCUCCUUCUAUGGCAACAACUCCCUCAGCAGCAAUUCCCAGAGCAGCUCACUCUUCUCUCAGGGCUCUGCCCAGCCUGCCAACACCUCCCUGGGCUUCGGCAGCAGCAGCUCUCUGGGUGCCACGCUGGGCUCGGCGCUGGGAGGCUUUGGGACAGCAGUUGCUAACUCCAACACGGGCAGUGGCUCGCGCCGAGACUCCCUGACAGGGAGCAGUGACCUGUACAAGAGGACAUCCAGCAGUUUGACACCUAUAGGACACAGUUUUUAUAAUGGCCUUGGGUUUUCCUCCUCUCCUGGACCUGUGGGAAUGCCUCUGCCCAGCCAGGGACCUGGUCACUCGCAGACUCCACCACCUUCCUUAUCUUCACAUGGAUCAUCUUCAAGUCUAAACCUGGGAGGGCUGACGAACGGGAGCGGCCGGUACAUCUCCGCGGCGCCGGGCGCGGAGGCCAAGUACCGCAGUGCCAGCAGUGCCUCCAGCCUCUUCAGCCCCAGCAGCACCCUGUUCCCCUCGUCACGCCUGCGCUACGGCAUGUCCGACGUGAUGCCCUCCGGCCGCAGCCGCCUGCUCGAGGACUUCCGCAACAACCGCUACCCCAACCUGCAGCUCAGGGAGAUCGCGGGCCACAUCAUGGAGUUCUCCCAGGAUCAGCAUGGAUCCAGGUGGGCUUAA